AUGGCAAGGUAUAUGCACUGGGUGGAAUGGGAGCCGACACGACUCCUCAGGCCUCAGUGAGGCUGUAUGAGCCGACAAAGGACCAGUGGCUGCCCCACACCUCCAUGCCCACCCCGCGCUACGGAGCCUUCUCCUUCCUGCGCGGUAGCAAGAUCUAUGUUCUGGGUGGGCGUCAGGGCAAGCUGCCAGUGACCGCAUUCGAGGCCUUCGACCUUGAGAUGAAGAGUUGGACGCGGUAUCCGUGCAUCCCCAGCCGCAGAGCGUUCUCCUCAUGUGCUGCCAGCGACAGGGCGUUUUUCAGCCUGGGGGGUCUUCAGCAGCCUGGACCCCACAACUUUUACUCCAGACCUCACUUCGUCUCCACUGUAGAGGAAUUUGAUUGUGAGCAGGGUGUGUGGUUGAAAGCCACGCGGAGCUGUCGCAUGAGAGAGAAGCGGGCAGACUUCGUAGCUGGCUGUCUCGGUGGACGGGUCAUCGCUGCGGGGGGACUCGGUAACCAGCCAUCCCCACUGGCGUCAGUGGAGAGUUAUAACCAGCUGAAGAGGAGAUGGGAACCCGUGGCUCCCUUACCUAGCCCUCGCUGCUCCUGUGCCUCCAUUCAGACCCCCAACAUGCUGUUCCUCAUCGGAGGGGUGUCCCAGGGUCCCAGCAAUGCCGUGGAAGCCCUCUGUUUGAAAGAGACAGUCUGACACACACAUACACACACUAAUGAACAACUACACAAAUCCUCACAUGCUGUACUUUCCGGAGUGUAAGCUCUGCAAACACACACGAGCAUACUGACGUCAAGUUAACAUGUAUGUCUCCGACAAAUAUUCACAGACUUUCCCCUCAGAGGACGCAUCAGCUUUAUACUUUGAAUAGUGGAGACAAUCUACUGGCGCUUGGACAGCAUUCCACACCCCUGGACAGAAGAGUUUUGGACUGGAGAUCUAAGACAAGCAAAAAAUAUAUAC